UUACGUUCUGUGUGACAAGUACGGGUCCUUAAUUUAUAUAUACAUAUUCCGGUAAAUUUAUUUCUUACUAAAUUCAAUAUCUCAUUUUAUGGGUGAUAUAUCAUAUCUUUUUAUUAAUAAAGCUACUAGAAGACAGUAACGAAUGAAAACUUGACUUUUCCAAAUAUUCAAGCAUUCUUCAAUUUAAGGAGAAAGUGGUAUUUUUUUUCUAAAAGAAAAGCAACUAUGAAUGAACGAAACGAAUUAGAGUACGAAAAUGAGCAUGUUCACAGGGUAUAUGACAAAAUAGCUACUCAUUUUUCAGACACUCGUUACAAGCCUUGGCCAGUCGUAGAGCAUUUCCUCAAUUCUUUACCUGUAGGAGCAAUCGGUUUAGACAUUGGAUGUGGAAAUGGAAAGUAUCAAAAAGUGAAUCCGAACAUUUAUUUGAUAGGAAGUGAUCGUUGUGAAAAACUAGUUAGAAUUGCAAGCCAACUAGGACCUAUGAUAGUGGCAGACGGCUUGCAUGUUCCUCAUCCAAGUAAUCGAACUGACUUUGCAUUGAGCAUUGCAGUCAUUCAUCAUUUCAGCAAUGAAGAUCGACGUCUGCAAGCUGUCCAAGAAGUUUUGAGAGUACUUCGUAAGGGAGGAAGAGCAUUAUUUUUUGUUUGGGCUCUUGAACAAAAUAAUUCUCGUCGUGGGUUUUCUGAAAAUGGACCUCAAGACGUCCACGUUCCUUGGGUUUUAAAACGGCAAUACGAACAUCCUAAUGCAAAACCAGAAGAUUUAAAAGGACACCAUCCAAGCGAAAACGUUGCGUACCAGCGAUACUACCAUUUGUUCCGGAAAGGAGAGCUCAGCGAGCUAGUUCAAAAGGCUGGAGGGAAACUUAUAGAGGAUGGUUACGAUCGAGAUAAUUGGUGGGCCAUCGUCGAAAAGCUAUAGUGAUAAAUAUCGGUUGGCAAUUGAAAAUGGAUUUGGUAAUUUCCAAAAAAUAAUAUAGCGUACGCUUACUUGAUAAAAUAGACUAUCCUAGAAAGGAAUGCAAUUUACAUUUAACGGAUUAUUUUGUACUUGCUUUGCUUUCGUGUACUACCGCCUUUAAUGGUAAGCCGAAGUGAGUAGAUCCAUCUGUAGAUGUGAGAG